AUGGUAGAAUUCUCUGAUGAACACUAUUUUGCUUUGAAGGAAGAUUCAAUUCAGCUUGUAAAGAAAUUAACGGGUGCAAAAUCGGCCGUUGCUUAUGCAUCUGUUUAUAGAGGUGACAAUUCAUUAGACUCAUUAAAACCAGUUCCAGUGAUUCACUCUGACAUGUCAGCAAAGGGAGCCGAUUUAACGAAAGGCCUUGCACAAGAUAUCUUUUUGAAAUCAGAUGAUCCAAAGGAAGUUGAAUUUGGAAAGCACUUGAAGCUAGGAGGUAAAAACGUUGUAAUCUACAAUGUUUGGAGACCGAUUCGUACAGUUCAAGAUAAUCCUCUUGGUAUUUGCAAAUGGAAUUCUGUUUUGGAAGAAGAUGCUUUGGAUUUAGGAAUCAUCCCAACAGACGUUACAAAUGCACCACAGCCAUGGAAGUAUAGAAAAGGUCAACGUUGGUUUUACUUAAACAAACAGAGACCUGAUCAAGUUUAUGUAUUUAUGCAACAUGAUAGUAGGGCAGGAAAAGAUGGACAUGGCAUGAAUGUUCCACAUGCUUCAUUUUCUUUACGAGGAGAUUUUUCUAAAAAACCUACUCGAAUGAGUUUUGAAUCAGUAGUCUUUGCAAUUGUGGAUCCAAUCCCACCUGAAGGAAUUUUUUCAAGAUGGGCUAAAGAUAUUAAAUCAUUAUGGAACGAAUGA